AUGAUCAUCUUGUGCCGGUUUGCCUUAGAUGGGGAUGUCAUACAUCACUGGACAGGCUCUGACGUGGAAUCCUCAGGGGAAGAGAAAGAGAGGUUGGCCAAGAAACACCUGGAGAAGGGAUCUGCAGGCAAGAAGAUGGGAUACACCUGGUCACAGAUAAAAAAGAAAGCCAGCGAUCGGUUUCAGCCCACCUCUCGUGCGGUUUAUCGUCUCGGUAUGACCUCAAUUGACAGAAAAGACACAAAACCAGUAAACACACAGGUGAGGACAGUACAAAGCCCUCAGGUGCCAUCCCUAUCGCUUCCUCACUAUGGUGAUCCUGGAUCAGCUGUUUCGAGCCCUCACAGCUAUCACAGUUUGGGCCACUGUCUUCGCACCAACAUAUUUCCAGGAGCUCCUUUAACGUGGAAGUCUGUCUCCAGAGACUCCUACAUCCACCACCCUCUGACUGCAUGGCCUCCUGAUCACUGGUACGGCCACAAGACAGACGAAAUGGUCCAGUGGACAGAGAGAAACAUCAUGAACCAGAAACUCGACAAGAUAUUGACAGAAGCAAGAGGAAAGAGCACCACAAAAUGAUGUCCGGCCUCCCACCCUGAGACCACAACAGCAGUCAGCACGCUUUUGAUUCACACCUUGGCUUAGUUGUGCAUGUUGUAAGCUUGUUGCUUAACAAUACAAAACAAGAGGAGGGUUAUGUUAAAGAUGAAAUACCACUAAAAAGAUACUUGGUGAGACAAAAGAUAUCUGUGAUAUCCCUUUGGUUUAGGUUCAGCCAAACUGUUAUUAUU